AUGGCCACGUCGCAGCUCUGCGACUCCAGUCGAUUGGCUUACGGCCAUCAUCAAGGCCCUGUCCUCAUAACCAGCAACCCACCAUAUCAAACCGAUACUGCAGUGGAAAACCGCGUACGUGGGAUCAUCCGAGCCGAGACGAGAGCUGCAGCUUCUCUGGAUCCUUUCACAUUCUACAAGACGUACCUCGACACAAACGUACCACUGCUCGGCGACCAGGACGACUUCGAAUCAGACGAUGAUGGUUACACAUGCAAUUUAGGAGCUGCUGCAGCCCACGACACGCCGGUUGAUGAUGCCCAACCGCAAGCCAGAUGUCACACCGCCGCGUAUAAGCUUGCCGUACGUCUUGCAAAUCGCUCCAAUGGAGCUCCGCUUGCUACAAUCAUUGAGCAGGGCUCGUAUUCUACACUGAACUCGCAUGGAUCGCUGCUUAGCGUGGGCCGCUUCCCAUCCAUCAAAGCCGCGGAAAAUACAUCGCCCAACCGGGGAUCACGACGGAGAUCACGCAGUCUAGACGAGAAGGCUCUGCAUGAUAUACAGGAGGAUCUGGCUCGAGAAUAUGAUAUCUCCACAGUGGCUGUGCCACAUGCAAGGCUGGACGAGGAACAUGGAGCAGCAGAUCCAGCAAGCGGCACCGCCACACCCUUGACAUCAUACCGCUUUGAGCUGCAACAAUCUCCAUCAUCUCAUUCUGGCGAUGAGCUGUUCGACCACGACAGCCGAGGAGUGAAAGGAUUCAUUCGUGGCGUUUUGCAAAACGUGCGGGGCGUCUCAAGGACUCGGUCUCGAUCAUCCUCCAUGACGCAUGCGCCUAUCAUGGAGCAUCGAGAGAGCCCACCCUCUACCUGCGGGAGCAGCCCACAGCUUGGUCAGCAAGACCAGGGUCCUGAGUUUGCUCAUCUACCGAAGUGCAGUCGUAAUGUCUCAACUCGCGCAUCUGAAGGUGCGGCUAUUCCGCCAACCCCGGAAGAUCAGACCAGAAAUCGCGCAAUCUCCUCUUCAGCUAUCGAGCUUUCAGCUCGCGCGCACCCGCCUCUAGUACAAUCUCCCUCGUAUGCGCCCGAAUCAACUACUAUUUUUGGCUCUUUACCUCCUGCGUUGCCCUAUCGAGCUGCAACGCGCUCGCAUGAGCAGCCCUUCUCGACGCCCGUUGUACACGCAGGAACACGCGAUGUGGCGCGAGGAGAUGGUAUAGCUCAAGCCUCAACGUCCCAUCAUGACACGUUUGACACCUCAGCUCGAUACACGUUCGAUGGCGCUCCUGUAUAUCGUGGGUGUCCGUCUUCGCUGAGGGAAGCGAGCAGCGCAAGGGAGGUUUUUACAAGCCAGAACACCAGCUUUUGUAGCACCAUGUCGACCUCAUAUUCCGGAACAGUUUUGGGUGUUGACCUUGACCUGCAACAUGACUUCAGCCACCCAAUUCGCCGCUCACAGUCGCCGCCAACGCCUGUAUGGUUUACACCACAGAUGGUAGAGCUUGAACGGCAAGCAUCCUUUUCGGAGUCGCCUGAGUCUGUAAAGACAAGCGUGCCAACUCACGCCCCAUGUCGUUCAAUCACGUCGUCUGCACUGACUUCUCUACUACCUAUAGCAGCAGCAUCUGGGAUCGUGCGCCCGAAUUACAAUACGCCGAAGAUUUCGUUCUACUCGCCAUCUGGCAACCUUAUUCAACCUGAAAGCAGCUCACCUCAAGGUACCAGUCCAUCGGAAUAUGGCGGCUCACCAACAGUCACCACGUCUUACUACAACAAGCAGAAUGCUAACGCAGCCUCGCCCUCUGGAGGCCUACCUAUUCGACCACCUCUGGUGCCCAUGACCACCCCCCCUACCCAGAAGACUCCACUUCCACCGCAUCUGCGGCACCAUCACAACUACCGUCAUCCUGAGAUGUCCCAGAUCAGCUCUUGUGAGUCAUCUAUUACCCCGAAGGGACCACUCAAGGGCUGCGACGGUAUUGUGCGCGAGAACAGCCUCACUCCGCGUAGUGGUAUUUUCUAUCCACACGGGAAAGAUAGGGCACACCGCUCAACCAGAUUGAUUAUGCACAACCUGAAAGCCGAGGCAAAGUUCUACAAAGCACGCUUCCUUGCACUGGCGGCAGCUCAGUCUUUUGCUCCUUCGAUACCCAAGGGCAGGACCUUGCAGAAGCGACAUGUUCACAGCUACAACACCUAUGCUAGAAAUCCUCAUACCGGUAAAACGACAACUCAAAAAGGUGGGUACAGAGAAGAUGUGCUUGGCCCUCUUGCUGCUCACGCAUUGCGGGUUUGCUUUUGUCAACCAUACGACGGUGCAGGGGAAUCGACACGCGCCACUGCCGCGGGCGCAUGUAUGGCAGGUGAACCAUUGCCCGCGAAGGGCAAGCUAAAGGCAGAUCAAGACGUGAAGGAUGUCGAGCGUUCAUUGCCUAAUGCAAGGGUCGUUGGCAGCGGGAGGCGUAGUGAAGGUGGGGACAGGAAGAGGGCGGCGAGAAGGGACAGCGCGGUUAACAGCACCACUCGGCGAGUAUCGAACACUGGGAUGGCGAGGAGAUAG